UCCUUGGAAGUCGAAAAUAAUCCUCUAAACAUGGAUAUUAAAAUUAGAGAUUUUGGAUUUCCUAUAGAUGAUUCUCGUCAUUGGGGACACCCUUAUCCAUCUUCUGAUGAAGAAGAUGAGGAAGCCGAGACGAACGAAUAUACCAACCGUCGAGCUCGAGCACUUUACGAUUUUCAAGCAGAGAAUCCAACUGAAUUAAGCUUUCAAGAAGGUGAUAUUCUAUUAAUUCAAGAUCGACAAUGUGCAGGUUGGUUAAUUGCCGACUUGGGAGAUGAAACCGGCUUAGUUCCGGAGAACUAUGUUGCCCUGUUAGGCGAUGAUGAAGAAGAAGAGGACGAAUACGGAGACUGGGCUAAUGAAGAACAACAAUAA